ACUACGACAUGUUUUCCACGAUCCGAAGUAGCUAAAGCAAACAAACUUGAUUUUAGGUCUUAUUCAAAGCAGUGGAGAAUAAAUGAAGGCUACGAAUAGCUGUGUGGUGAUAAUGCCCAUGAACCUGUAACGACUGUACGCAAGGAUAAAAUACGAAACAUUUACUUUUUACGAGUUCGUUUUUCAGAUGUGUGCUGGUGGUGUAGCUAGCUAGCUAAUGUCAAAGCAUGUACUCAGCUGCUGGUUAGUUUUAAUGCAUGGUGUGAUCUGACAAUAACCUACUAGUUGUACACCUGGUGCAAUAUGGGACGAAAGAAACAGGGCAAGUUUGUCCGUCCUGACAACAAGGGCAAAGACAAACGGCAUAAAAUGAAGGGGAAGUCCUUAGAAGCCUUUACAGAAGAGAUGCACACUGCUUUUGAAGCGAGUCUUCACCUAGAGGAAGGAGCAGAGGCCCCUCAGGUGAAACUCCCUUGUCCUCUUGCCAUGUGGGAGUUGGGUCACUGUGAUCCCAAACGUUGCACCGGCAGAAAGUUAGUCCGCAAAGGGUUUGUACGCAACCUGCGCCUCAAUCAGAGAUUUAAUGGUCUCAUCCUGAGUCCAAUGGGCACGAAGUAUGUGACACCAGCAGACAGAGAGAUUGUGGCUCAGAAUGGGUUAGCAGUGAUCGACUGUUCCUGGGCCAAACUGGAGGAGACUCCCUUUAAUAAGAUGGUUGGAACUCAUCCCAGGUUACUGCCGUACCUCGUAGCUGCAAACCCUGUCAACUACGGAAAGCCUUGCAAGUUAUCUUGUGUUGAGGCUUUUGCUGCUACAUUCUGCAUUGUAGGUUUCGAAGAACUGGCAGUGCUCUUGUUAAAGAAAUUCAAGUGGGGGACAGUGUUCCUGGAGCUCAAUAGAGAUCUGCUGAACCGCUAUGCUGCAUGCCAGUCAGAGGAAGAGCUGCUCUCUGUAGAGAAGGAGUUUCUCACAUCCAAACCAGAGGAGGAGGAGUUUGAUCCUUUUGAUGUUAAUUCAGGAGUAGAGUGUAGGAAUCUCAACAGACAUCGGUGUGCACCAGAAGAUGAUGAUUCUAGUGAGGAUACGGACACUUCAGAGGAUAACGAAGAUGAAGCUGAAGAUGAGAAAACGGAGAGCAACGAUGAGUCAAGAACAGUCUCACAUCAUCAUGAAGAGGAAGAGGAUAAGUCAAAGUCAUCGCAAUAAAGUGUAAUUCAACUGUGGAUCUAUUUAAUACAAGUAUUGACAAAACUUGUUUUAACAACUCAUUACUCCUACAUAAACUGAAGGCUGUUUUGAGCUACACGGUUUUGUAUAAAAAAUAUGAAAAUAUGCAAUAAAUUGUAUUUUUUGAUGUAAACAGACUAAAUAAAUGAUUGUUGCAAC